CAUUACUGCUCGACUUCAACUCGGUAGUGGAAUUCUAAACACAAAAGCGGGUGUUUGUGUUUCUCAGCGCUUCUCUUCUUCGCCCCACUCUAACAUGGAGCCAGAUGGGGACUAUAACCCGGACACAGAUGACCUUCCACUCCGAGCCAAUACUAACCACAUACUUGUCAGACACUAUGUCUUGGAUCUGACUGUUUGUUUGGACAAGAAAAUCAUCAGUGGUAGCAUUGUUCUGUUCCUUGAGCCUUGCUCUGCUGAAGGGACCAAAACUGAGGAAAAUGUUAGACAUGAAGCUGGAAAGAGUGCAAGGCAGGAACCGAAAAAGGACGGUACGGUGUUUGAAAGUCACAUUCAGGAUCCAUGUUUAUUUCAGGCCGCCAAUGCAGAAGAGUUCACCUUAGUGCUGGACUGCUGUGACCUUGACGUGUCAAAGGUGGAAGAGGUGGACACUGAUUCUGUGUCAGCACCAUUGGGCUUCCCCUCGAAGGUUGCAUCUGAAGAGAUUUCUGUGGGUUCACAAGCAGAUUUUAUCCAACACCUUUUCUCUAUGCCCUCUUCCCAAUGGAGGGAGAGGCAUCAGCUUUUUUUGUUGUGCAGCCGCAGCCCUGGUACCCAGAAUGGCGGCUUAGUUCAUUUUCAGACAGACCGUUGGAGUUUGCAGGUGAGAAAGGCUGGAGUCACGUCUGCACAGGGUUUCCCAAGGAUCAUUAGAAUCUACUAUGAGACAAGACCAUUAGGGGGCUCUGUGAGAUGGACCAAGGACCAGGAUAACAGGGAGUGUGUUUACACCGCUGGUUCUCCUAUCAACAACCGAGCCCUCUUCCCCUGCCAAGAGCCGCCUGUUGCCAUGUCAACAUGGCAGGCCAGGGUACGAGCCCCCAGUGACUGCGUGGUUUUGAUGAGUGGGGAGGAGCAGGCUGUUCCAGCUAAGGAUGGGGACACUGAUUUCCUUCUCUGGAACUAUUAUGUGACAAUGCCCAUGCCUGCAUCCACUUUUACUUUGGCUGUGGGACACUGGUGUGAGGUCCCUGCAGAAAGUCCUUCAGCCCCAGAAAAAGAGGUGGAAUAUGGGGCAGACUGCUGCAGCCCCAAUGCUGAACCUGUGUCAGGACUUCCCCAAAUAGAGAGGGGCUCUCCACUUCAGCCUGGCAGCAGAGGUGAGGCCACCACUGCAGAUUCUUUAUGCUGUCGUUCUUCUCUUGGGGAUGAGGAACUAUCUUUGACUGAUUAUUCAGGGAUGGUGGAUGACAGCAUCUCUUGUUCCCAUGGUGACUACCCUUGUCGGUUUACUGAACGGUCGGCUUGGUCCCAGCGGGUGGUUCCACACCGUGUAUUUAGCCCUGUAUGCCUGCUCCAGAAGGCCCAGAUGGGAGUCCUCAAGCUGCUGCCCCGAUGUUUGGCUGCAGCCCAUGCUAUAUUAGGGGUGCAUCCGUUUCCCCGCCUUGAUGUCCUUAUUGUCCCAGCAGGGUUCUCCAGCCUGGGGAUGGCCAGCCCCCAUAUAAUCUUCCUGUCCCAGAGUGUGUUGUGCAAGGAAUGUCCUUCUUCCCAGCUGAACAAGCUGUCCCUGACUGGUUCCAGGAUAUGCCAUGAGAUUGCCCACUCCUGGUUUGGCCUUGUUAUUGGAGCCAGAGACUGGACAGAGGAGUGGAUCAGUGAAGGCUUUGCUACUUUCCUGGAGGAUAUUAUCUGGACCCAGGCACAACAACUUCCUCUACCACAGACAGCAGAGCAGUUUGACCUGCAGGCAUUGCUAAGGUGGAGGCGACUUUAUGAUGAGUUACAAAACUCAAAAGAGGAACUUCAGAUUCUCAGACCAAACAUGGAGAGGACUGGUCAGGUCAGUGACACUGGCUCCUCCUUGGUUAAACAUGCCCUUAACCCCGACAAAUCCUUUAUGCAAGUUCACUACCUCAAGGGCUACUUCCUUCUUAGGUUCUUGGCCAGUGAAGUUGGAGAUCUGCAGCUGAUUGACUUCUUCAGAUUAUUUGUAAAGAAAUAUCAUGGUCAGCUUGUUUUAUCUCAGGAUUUCCUCCAAAUGUUUCUGGAUACCUUCCCCAACAUGGAGAGAAAGGGCCUCACCCUCAGAGCUAUUUACGCUGACUGGCUCGAUCGACCGGGAAUUCCAGAGUGGCUUCAUGAAAGGAGCACCGUGUGGUCUCAGGCGAGGCUGGUGGAAGAAGUCAAAGCAGAGGUUGUAAAAUGGAUUCUCUCCAGUCGGAGUCACCAGGCGAAGAGCAGAAAGCGGAAGAGAACAGAAUCCAAGGUGAACUACAAAGAGCUGACGGCGGACCAGCUGGUGAUGCUUUUGGAGCUUCUGCUGGAGGAAUCAGAGCUGAGUGUGUCAUCAAUGCGUGCUCUGCAAAAGACCUACAGCCUGCAGAAACAAGAUGCUGAGGUCAGACAUCGUUGGUGUGAGCUGGUGAUCAAGCAUGCUUACUCUCAGGCUUACUGCGAUGUUGAGCACUUCCUGCUUCAGGAUCAGGCAAUGGGUGUGUAUCUUUAUGGGGAGCUGAUGGUUCAGGAGGAUCCAGAGCAGCAGGCAUUGGCCCGUCGCUGUCUCGCAUUAGUCCAGGAGGAAAUGGACCAAUCAGCACGCAGAGUGGUGGAGGAGAUGAUCCUUUGACACCAGAUGUAAGGUAAUGUGAGCGGAGAUGAGAGCUUUUCCUGGAGAAUAUUACCCUACCUUUCCUCUGGGACUCUGCAGAAACACCAGAAGGCUGCCUUUGUGCUCCACUUCCAGCUGGAGAGCUGCAGCGUUUGGACUACAACGGGACACCACAAGCUGUUCAUAGCUGGCUUUUGUUGGGCAAAACAAAAAUCUAUCAACUCUUUUUUUAUUUACUGUUAA